GCGCUAGAUCGUACUGGAACAUGUGGCAUUUUGCCACACCACACCGUAGAUGUAUUAACAUCGUGUUGUUUCGUCUAUACAUUUUAGCUGAUGUGUUGAUCUGUCUUCUUGGUGGAAUCCCGCAUUGUAGUACCUUUAAAUUACGUCAAACCAAUUGGAAUCCAUAUAAACACAAUGCUAAUUUGUUAUAUGAUAAUAAGCAAAAAAACUUGCCAACGUUGUCAAAUGACCUAUUCCCUCUACAUGAAAAGGCUUUUUCCGUCAACAAUAAGGAAGUUAGAAGUGCUUUCCUUUGCGAACUUAUUGAACGCGGUCUGUUCCACAGUGUCACUGAUUUAGAAGGUCUCGAUGAAUUUCUCUGUGAACACGAGCUUUCUGCGGAAAGUGGUCUAGUCCCAGCCGUGUACUAUGGUAUCGAUUUAACAGCUGAUUUCAUACAUGAAGGAACUUUACUUCAAAUAUUAUUAUUGCGUAGAUUUCUGACGAAGGGAUUCAAUGUUGUUGUUGUUCUAGGUGGUGGUACCACCCUAAUAGGGGACCCAUCAUUUAAAGCUAGACGUACAAAAGCGACACUAAAUGCAACGCAGAAUGAUAGGAAACUGCACAAUGUAAUUCUUAAUCGUACAGCUGAUACUGUAUCCGUCAACGACAGAAACUAUAAUACCAUAUAUCGUAUCGUUAAGAAAUUGUUGACUCAGAAGAUAGAGAACAAACAUGGAGAUUUAGUUGAACCUAUCUUUACUUUAGCUUGUGACCUAAAUGGAGAAAAUAUUGAUACGGUCAUAUCCAAUCCAUAUAAUGUAGUGCUUGUCAACAAUCGUGACCUAUAUGAUAAGUUAUCUUUGACGGAAUAUCUAACGACUGUGGCUCGUCAUAUGAGUGUCGGAAGGAUGCUAUCAAGAGAUUCUAUCAAGAGUAGAUUACAAAUCGCCGAUGAAGGUAGUAACAAUUCUGUGCGUCAGGCAAACAUGGACCUGGCAGAGUUUAUCUACAUGUCAUUACAGGCCACUGACUUUAUCCACGUGUCAUCUAUGUUUAACGCAGUCAUCCAAGUUGGUGGUAGUGAUCAAAUGGGCAAUAUAAUGUCCGGGAUUGAACUAGGACGUAGUUUAGGUGCUCUUUCAAAAACAUUGUAUGGUAUUACGACUCCAUUGCUGCAGACACGUACCGGAGAGAAGUUAAGCAAAUCAAACAACGAAGAUCUAUUGCGGAUAAAUACAGACACACCUGCGCUAUCACUGUGGUCGCAUUUUCGAAAUGUGGAUGACAAGGCAGUCAGGUGUUAUUUGAAAUGGUUAACAAAGGUACCUUUAGAUACAAUUGAAAAAACUAUGAACAAUCAUGUCAACGAUGCUAAGAUUUUAUUGGCCAAUGAGUUAACCACGGCUAUAUUCGGAGAAGAAUAUACGAAAGCAAUACAUAAACACUGGAUUUCAGGUGACAUUACUGAUUUGUUGGCUCCCAAACGCAGCUAUAUUUCUGACGAAUUCGACUCCCUAAUCACUUUUAUAGACUGCGUACCUCAGUUGAAUUUAAACGUAAAUCAGCUGAUGCAAGGUAUUCCGUUCGGAGACAUAAUGGAUAACUUGCGGAAGCAAAUGUUGGUAUCAGGGCGACUCUAUAAUAACCGCCGUGCCAUACGUGAAGGUACUUGUCGUAUUAAUGGAGUUGUAGUGAAACAACCGGAGUAUAGGGUAACAGAGAAAGAUCUAUUGACCGUUUCAUGUGAGGAUGGUCGUUCUCUAAAUUACAUAGCUAUUCAGUACGGGAAAAGACAGUUAUACUUUAUUUUAGUUAUUUAAUUAUUAAAGAGCUAU